AUGGCGCCGGUGGAUCUGGUGAUGACGACCAUCGGGGUGGUGGUCAAGAUCAAUGGCGUGCUGGAGAAGUUUCGAAGGAACAACGACGAGUGCGGCAUGAUCUACGGCCUCGUGGACACGGUAGGCCGCGACCUGAUGCUGCUCAGAGACGCGCCCAUCAUGGAGGACGCGACGGUGCGCCCCGUGAUGGAGCGUCUCAAGUGUACCCUCGAGCGCACGGCAGCGGAAGUCAUCAAGUGCCAGACCUCUCGCGCCUUGGUCCGGUUCUUCAGGACCGACGACGUCGCCGCGAAGCUAGACCAGCUGAGGCAGGACAUAUCGGAGAAGAUGCUGGGGCUUGUUCUUGCUACAAGCGUCAGUACCAACACGCUGGUGCAAGGAAUUGGCCGAAGAAUGGACCAAAACUUCGAGUUAAUGCUUCAGGAGAUGCACAAAAUCAUUUAUGCUGCCCUUCCUGCUCUUCUUCUGCCCCUGCAAAGCAAGCUGGAACUUUUGGAGCAGCGUACCGCAGAUCAUACAACUGAAGAUGCUAGAAACAAGAACAGAAGGGAGACAGACAAAACAGGUGGUCUAAUAAAAUACAGUUGGUCUGCCUUGGAGGCUUCCCUAGCAUCAAAUGAAGAAAUUGGCGGAGGUCACAUUAGUACUGUGUACAAGGGUGAAUUAAACAAGAUACCAGUUGCCAUCAAGAAAUUUGGUAACGUGAAUCUACCAGCCAGAGAGCGCUUUGUUGAUGAACUCCGACUUGUUUCAAAGCUGCAGCAUGGAAACGUAAUCGAAAUUCUGGGACACUGCUACGAAUACAGUGAGAGUUUGGUGCAGGAAGGCAAUGAUAUUAGAGUUGACAGAAACGGACAUCUCGGUUUUGUCAGUAGAUACAUGCCCAACCAAAGCUUGGUCAGAAUUAUAAAAUUAGGGAAUCAACCUAUUGAUUGGCCUUCUCUUUUCCGGCUAAUUCAAGGAAUAGCAAAGGGCGUACAUUACCUGCAUGAGCAACGUGUUGUCCACUUGGAUCUGAAGCCAAAAACCAUCCUCUUGGACCAUGAUAUGACUCCUAAGAUCAAUGAUUUUGGAACAGCUAGAGAGCUCGGGCCUAGUGGCGAUAAUAUCACUCUCGACGUGGAAAAUAUACCUGGCACCAAGUAA